AUGUCAAGAAAACAAUCAGCAUCUUUUGAUUCUCAAAAUGGAAACAUAAAGCCGAAUGUUAUUCAAAUAAAUGUUAUAUCACAAACAAGUGUGGAUAACCAUGCACCUAGUGAUACUGAAACAAAUAUUGGUGAUAAUAAAACUUCAUUAUCAUCAAAAAAAACUAAUCUUCAUCGAAAUUUAAAAGAACGACAUAUGAUUAUGAUUGCAUUAGGUGGAACAAUUGGCACUGGGCUAUUUUUAGCUUCUGGUCAAGUAUUAGCAUCAUCAGGACCUGCAGGUUCUCUUAUUUCUUAUGUUGUUGUUUCAAUUAUGGUUUAUUUUGUUAUGACAAGUUUAGCUGAACUAUCAACACAAUAUUCAAUAAGUGGCUCAUUUAACACAUAUGCAAGUCGUUUUGUCGAUGAAGCAUUUGGUUUUGCAUUAGGUUAUAAUUAUUAUUUUACUGGUGUCAUAGUAAUUGCUGGUGAGUUAGUGGCCGCUGAAAUUAUUGUACAAUUUUGGUUACCACAUUUUCCAACUAUUAUUUGGCCUCUAUUAGGAAUGAUAAUAAUAUUUAUAUUAAACGUAUUCACAGUAAAAAGUUAUCGAGAAGCAGAAUAUUGGUUUGCCAUGAUUAAAGUUCUUACUGUUAUUAUAUUUAUAAUAGUCGGUUUAUUAGUUGAUAUAGGUGUACUUGGACAUGUUAAAAUUGGAUUUCAUAAUUGGAAAAUAGAUGGUGCACCUUUUUAUAGAGGUAUAGAUGGAAUUGUUACUAGUUCAAUUGUUGCAGGUUUUGCAUUUGCCGUUGGUAUAACAGCAGGUGAAAGUGCAAAUCCUCGUCGUGAUGUUCCACGUGCAUUGAAUGGAACUAUUUGGCGUAUUAUUUUGUUUUUUGUUGGAUCAAUUGUGAUAAUGGGUCUAGUUAUUCCAUAUAAUGAUCCUAGUUUAGCUCAUAGUGAUGCUAAAAAUGUAGCUGUAUCACCAUUUACACUUGUUUUUGUUAAAUCAGGUAUCAAACCAGCCGUACAUAUCAUGAAUGCAGUUAUACUAACAACAAUAUUAUCAGCUGGAAAUUCAAGUCUUUAUAUAUGUACACGUAUUUUAUAUGCUUUAGCUAAUGAAGGAAAAGCUCCAAAACAAUUUACUUAUGUGAAUCGACAUGGUAUUCCAAUAUGGUGUCUUGUAUUUACAGCAUUUUUAUCAACAAUAUUAUUUGGUUUAUCAUUUAUUGGUAAUAAAAUAAUUUAUCGAUGGUUAGUUAAUAUAACAGGUGUAAUGGGUUUCAUAGCUUGGUUUGGAAUAUCAUUAGCUCAUUGGAGAUUUCGUCGAGCAUUUAUUUUACAAGUUUAUUCAUUAAAUGAUCUUGUUUAUAAAGCAUUAUUUUUUCCAAUUGGACCAAUAAUAGCAUCAUUAUUAAUAUGUAUAUUUGUUUUAGGACAAGGUUAUUCGGCAUCUACAACACAUCCAUUUAAUUUUAGUAAUUUCUUAGCUGCUUAUAUAACCAUACCUGUUUUUUUAAUAGUUUUUUUAGUUUAUAAAUUUGUUAAAAAGACACGUUUUAUACCUUUGAGAGAAAUUGAUCUUGUAACUGAUAGUAUUAUGUUUCAUCAAACAAAACAAACAUCUAAUAUUUAA